AUGCUUAGUAACCAAGUACAUUCAUUUAGGAAAUCUGAAGAUGUUUGCGUCUCCUCCACCUCCAACAUACUGACGGACCGUUCGAGGCCCAAAUGCAAUACUCAAGUUAAGCAGUCGGAUUAUUGCACAACAAAGACCGGUGAGCAGAUGAUUUCCGCAGCAAAUACGGAAGGGAGACCAGAUGCCAAUGAUUACUUUGGCAGAAGGAAUGCCGAUGGGGAAUUUGGGCGGGAGGAUACUCCACCAUCACGACCACCGAAGUCUAAGUACAAAGCGCAUCAGAGUCUUAGGCAAUGGAUUGAGACGAGAGAAAACGUCGAAUUAUUAAGAAGAAGAGAACACGGCGAAUGGAACGAGUUUGGCAAAAGUAAAAGACGUAAGAGUUCUCCAGCAUACCCAAAAAGCUCUGAUCGCCAAGUUCAGGUUCAGCCAGUGACAGUGGAAGCUGACUAUGCCGAAGGGAUAGAUGCAGUAACAUUACACAGACAACUGAAAUCGCUCCUGGUGGACAAGUCAGAGCCCAGUUCUAAAAAGCUGAUGCGCCUCAGCUGCGAACUUAAAAACUACAUAGCUCUCAGAAGGGAGAAGAUGCAGGUAGAAUUGGCUAUGGCUUCCACCAGGGUGUUCGAAGCAGAAGAAAGUCAGCAGGAUAGGCCGUCAAGUCUUGCGCCAAGUAGGGUAGUUUCGCCGGAUGACGUAGAGCCAAGGACCUCGGUUAACUCCAGAUCUGGAUAUCAAUCACUUACUGAAAAUGCAAAUGCCUCUGCUCCGCAAUCGGUGCGGAAAGGUGGAAGCUCCGUUCGCUCACCUCGACUGACGCAAAGCACAUCAGCCUCAAGCUUAGCUUCUGCCGGGCGGAUGAGUGAGGGUGCCAACAAGAAGGAACGCAAAGGUUGCUUUGGUCGUGGGGAGAAGAAAAAUGAAGACGCAAACGAGCAAGACUUGUCGCAUGCAAGCAAGAGGACCUCAAGUGUAGCGAGAACAGCGAGUAAGACGAAAGGGGUUUCCGUCGGGAGAAAAUCCACCAAUGAACAGAAACCCCGAGGUUGUUGUGGUUGUGGGAAAAAGAAAAGUGACGAUGAAACAGACCUGGGCCUGUCAUCUGAACUCUCGUCUGAAAUGAGUACCGUGUCCAGAAGAAGUAAGGAGAGCUCGGAGGAGGACAAGCAGGAGGAGGAGGAAAACCAGGAGGAGAAGGACAAGCAGGAAGAAGAGGAAAAGCAGGAGGAGGGGGAGGACAAGCAGGAGGAGGAGGAAAACCAGGAGGAGAAGGACAAGCAG